AUGGCAGCUCGUCCCUCCUCACGCCUGCUGCCAAAGGUCUCUUUCCUUUUCUCUCCCUCAAGGCUCUCCUCUCCUUCUUCUUCUUCUCAUUCCACCCUUAGCCCGCCUCCUUUGUCGCGUUCUGUUUCCGCGUCUCCUUGCUCACCUUCCUCGGCCCUUCCUUCGACCCCUCUUUCUUCACAUGGAGGCGCCUCGCUUUCGCGAAAUCCCCCGUUGACUUGUCGCUCUUCUCUUCCACCUUCAUCUCCUUCUCCUCCCUCUUCUUCUCCUCCCUCUUCUUCUUCGCCUUCUCAUUAUCCUCCUUCGUCCGCCUCUCCUUUUUCUUCCUCUUCUUUGACUCGGCGUCGAGCCCGCACUUCGCCUCAACCGCCGUGGGUGUCUUCAUUCGCCCCACAAGAUGCUUUCAGCGAGAUAAAGACAAUCUUCGAUGAACGCAAAGAAGCGGCGCUUGCAGCGAUCACCCCUGCCGCGGCUUCGGAGACUCUCGCUCUCCCCUCUGCAUCAGAGCAGGAUCUCGUCACGUCGUUUCUUCUUCCACCUUCGUCCUUCAGAGCCCCUCGCUCACGACCUUCUCAACGAAAUCCCCAAAGCAAUCCGCCCAAGCUCGUGCAGCCCGGGAUAGAAUGCGCAGAGCCACGACGCCCCUGCAGUGGCGCAGAGCACAACUCAGCGGAAGAAGCGACGCCGAGACACCGGAGGGACAAGUCGAAAAAGGGAAGUGUAGACGAGGAAAUUCGACCGCUCCUAGAUGCAGUCAACAGCCUGAAAAACUUUUACACGGCCAGCAGCUGCGCAGGCCGUGUUCUUCUCGUCGGAACGCCCUUCCCGAACAGUUCCUCUUUGUCUCCAUCUGGUUCUGCGUCUCUUUGUGAUUCGACUUCUGCCUCGUCUCGCGUUUCGUCUCCCUCUCGCUCGGCGUCGUCCUUCUUCGAGCAGCCGUCGGCAGGGCCUGCUGCUUCCUCGGGUUUCGCGUUUCUCGCGGAACAGAGCGAGGCGACGCAGGGAGAAGGCGGCGGUGAGGAGGCAAAUACGCUGGUCCGUCCAGAGAGCGGCGAGGCGAGUCGCGCGCUGGAGGGGGCGAGGCCAGGCGAAGAAGGAAGACGAAAGAAACACUCCUUCGUUUUCCUUCUCAACCACCAUCAACACGUCGACGCCAAGCAGCUUCUACACGCGAUUGCAGCCUGUCCCAUACCCUGCCAGGAAAUUUGGCUAAAAGUGGAAGCUCCCAUUCUUCACGUGUGCUGUCGCUCUCUGACGGAUGCACUGAAUCUCAUUCGCGUCGCGCGCCCUUACACCUAUCGCGCUGUUCUCCUCCAUGCGUCGUCCUCGUCUUCCCGUUCUGCCUUGGGUGCUCCUUCCUCCUGCGUAGAUGGAAGCCGGAGCGGAGGCGAAUCCAAAUUGCUGUCCGUCUCCGCUGAGGAGGAAGCCAGCAAAGAACGGGCGAGAGAAGAGGAAGAGUCAGCGGUGGCUGUGCGUGGGGAGGCAGGAAGAGAGCAGGCGCGCGGGCUCAGGGGAGUGAGCGGCGCGCCUCUGCACCGAAAGGACAAGACAAGAACCGCGGAAGAAAGGGGAAGAGACAACGCAAGGUACAUUGUCGAGCUCAGCAACAGCUCCCGCCUGGCUGUCCCUAUUCUCGUGGAAUCCGCCUGGCUGUUCCCGCUCCCUCGCGCCUUUUUGCCAGCGGGCGAAACGCCUGCGGCACGUCGCUACGAACGUGGCACUGACGCCUUCUCUCCACUCGAAAAGCACACCCCUGACAGAGCAACGGAGUGCGAAGGAGAAAGGACCGCGCGAGAGGGGAAGCGUGCAACUGCAAACGCAGGGCCGCCACGAACCCCCGAGCGACCGCCGCCAGCUGUGCGGACGCAAGCGGCGACUGCGGAGUGCGAGGUGGAGGGGGACAGCGAGGGUUCCGAAACUGGCAACGCACGCACGGGGCGAAAGGAGGAAGGCGAAAACAGGCUCAACGAGGGUCAAUCCAAAUUUGAGGGAAGGACAGAGGGCGUGAGACGGGAAGAAUGGAACGAAGAGGACACACACAGAUGGGACCGGUGGGGCGCGUUAGCCAGAGUCUGUAACACGGCACUGGAAGAGAGCCGGACUCGGUUCUUCAAGUUGGAGCAGCACCUGCUGGAGCUGACAAAGAAACAUCAGAGCUAA